AUGAUAGGGUACUUUGUGAAUCUUUUCCUGCUUUCGCAUUUUUGUGCAGCACAGUUCAGUGAAAUCUUCCAGCCGGUUCCUUUCCAAACAGUGAACCUCGGCGACUCAGUGACGAUUAAAUGCCACAUAAAGAGUGAAAUAAAUAAAAGAGUGUGGUACAAACUGACUACAGGGAAGAGACUACAGCUUGUGGUGGCAUUCAAUACUCGCUACAAUCGGAGUGUAUUUGAUGAUGAAUUUCAUCGUCAUUAUUCAGUCAAAUUUGACAGAAUCAACAGUCAUCUGAGAAUAUCUGCAACAACACAGGACAUCGUUGGAACAUACUUCUGUGGAGUCUUGUACUUAAAUGAAAUUAAAUUUGGAUCAGGAACCUUUCUGAUGAUCAAAGGUGCAAACAUGAUCAGCGAUUCUGUCGUCCAGCAGCCGGAGACUCAGUCGGUCCAGCCUGGAGGCUCUGUGACUCUCAACUGUUCUGUUCGCAUUGUCCACUGUGCAGCAGAACACACUUCUGUCACGUGGUUGAAAAGCUCUCAUCAUUCUGCCCCGCAAAUGAUUUACUCCUCUGGAAUAAAGAACCACACCUGUCAGAGCAGUGAGAGUGGAGAAACUACCUGUUUGUUUAACUUUCUCAUGAAGAACCUGAGCUCUGAUGAUGCUGGAACCUACUACUGUGUUGUGUCUUCAUGCGGACAGACACUGUUUGGAAACGGGACCAGGAUUCAUGUUCACAACACUGAAUUAGUUGACUUGAGUCCAACUAUUAUUGCUUUGAUGCUGUCAAACAUCCUACUUGGGAUUGCGAUGCUUGUUCUAAUAUGGACACUUUGCAAGAUUCGGAGGAAAGGGGCAACUGAUGGACCUUCUGAAAGCAAUCAGACUAGUGAAGCAGUUAUCUAUGCAGCUGUGUCCUUGCCAACCAGAGGCCUCAACACCAGACGAGCUAAGGUGAAAUACAGAGGAGACUCUGUAAUUUAUUCUGAUAUCAAAUGAUCUUGACAGAACUCAGAGGGGUCAUCUUGGAAAAGGGUGGACAAACCAGGAAGAAUGAAGACUGAUGGAGCAGGAACGCCUUUGCACAACUAAAUGUUUAUCUCAUACAUAAACGAGUUUCAAAUAUGACCAAAGAGCUUUUUAUGUUUGAUAAAUAUGAACAAUCAUGUCUAAAAUGCUGUACCAUGUGAUAUACUGUAGCUUUUACCUUGUUGUGGUGCUUGGCGAUAUGCUAGUCAGUAGAUUAUUAGA